ACUUUCCUCUGUGUACUGAACACUGGCACUGGCAGCGAAAAUACAGUUCCUGUAUUAAAAACAAUGUUGAGAAUAUUCAAUAAUUUGUCGGUGAUCGAAUUAAAAAUUUCUUUUGCUCAUUGAAACACAAAGACAAUGGGAAAUUACGUGAGCAAAAUUGCAUCGAUGUCAAACAAUGCGAUGCAUUCCAUGUAUCGCGGUCGUAAACGAAAAUGUAUCGAGGAAGAUGAUUUUGAUUCUGAAUCGGAUUACAUCGAUCGCACUCUUCAAACGCCAAAAAAAAGGAAAUUGUUGACAACAGCACAAUACAUUUAUAAAACAUUAUUCCAAGAAGAAAAAGGAAGUGACAUAACUGUACUAAUGUUGGGAAAAGCAUGGAGAUUACAUAAAGUUUAUAUCAGUCAGAGUCCAUAUUUUGCAAGUAUGUUUUCAGGAUCUUGGAGGGAAGCAAAUGAGACAGUUAUAAGCGUAGAAAUUGCUGAUCCUAACAUUACAUUAGAUUCUCUUUUGACAGUUUUUGGUUCCUUUUACCAAGAUGAAGUUAGUUUAGAACCAAAAGAUGUCAUAUCAAUUUUGGCUACCUCCACCUUAUUUCAAUUGCAAGGAUUAAUUGACCAGUGUACAGAUAUUAUGGUAGAGACAACAAAUAUAAAAACAGUUGUUCCUUAUUAUAAUGCUGCUGUAUCUUAUGGUGUACCAGUGGUAAAAACAGCAGCAAAACGAUGGUUAGAAGUUAAUCUUUUGGGAUAUGGAUGGUUACAUCCAACUUUUUUAAAAGAAAUUACACCUGAUUUAAUGGCUGAAUUAAUUGCUAGUCCCGAUUUAAUUGCUAUGCAAACAGAAUUUUGCAUUUAUAUGAUGUUACGAGUAUGGUUAUUUGUUCAUGUACACAAUAAAGAGGAAACACUUCAAAUUGAUGAAUAUUUUAGAAAUCAUAAAUGGACAAAACCAUUUCUUACAACAGAAGAAGGCAAAGAAUUUGCAGCUCCUUUUAAAGCAUUAAGAAUGAAAUAUCUUUUGUUACAUGAUCAAGAUGUAAAAAUUUUAUAUAGUGACAAUUUAAUACCACAUGAGUGGUUACACAAUGCAUAUAAAGAACAAUGGUUACAUUUAUUAAGAAUAGAUGCGAAUAAAGAUCGAGGACCAAAACAGAUGAGUGAAGAAGAAUUCGCUCGUGAAUGUUUCCGUUGUGGAAGAUGCAUCGAAAAAGCUGGUGAACAUAUUUGGAGAUGGACAGCAUUUCAUUUUGGUUUAGAUUUGGUGGUUUGCUUAGAUAGUACUACUUUAAGAAUUAAAAGGAAUCACAGAUUAGAUACAGAUCAUAUAAAAGCAAAUCAUAGCAAACAUAAUAUAAUUCUGAAAGUAAGUCUAAUUUCUUUAGAUGAACAACGUCAAGUAAAACAUAUUCAGAGUUCAGGUAUGCUUAGGUUAUCACUCCAUAAGAAUGAAGAAAAACAGGUAAUGUCUUUGGAUAAACAACUCACUUAUCCUUUGUAUAUAUCAGUCAACAUGCAAGUAGUUACUCCAUUUAUAUCAACAGAAGAGGAAAAAUCAGCUGAUAUAGUAAUAUUCUCGGAUACUUAGCAUAUUAAACAUUUAAACUGAAUAUAACAACGUACGCUUAUCUCAAAUAAUAAUCCGGUUGUUCCAAUUUGUAAUACUUGAAUACGACUAAGUGCUAUAAAUUUUGUUACUCUCACGUGACGUUUAUAUUAUGGAGAUUCUAAUUUCUGAUUAAAACUUUUAUAAACUCAAGAGCUUCUAGUCGACUAAAUGGAAUUAUGAAGUUAGUAAGAAGAAGAAUAUAAUUUCUUCCGUUUGUACUUUUCAGAUAUAAUGCAGAUACUUAUUUUUUCUAACUUAAAAUCACACUUAUUACUUAUAAAAAUAUAUUAAGGCUAUUUAAAAAAAAAAAUAUCAAAUAUAAAAAUUUUAUUUUUUAAUAAUUGCAACUAAUUGAAUGUUAAAUUUAAAAAAAUGUAAUGUGUCAUAAAAUAUCACACAGUAUUAUCCAUUUGCUUUCACACUGCUCUUUAUGCAUUUAUAUAUUUAUACUAUAAUGACAUUAGUAACAGAAUAGAAUAAUUUUUUAAUUAAUAAUUUUAUACAUUCAUAAUAAAUAUUAAUAACGUAACUGCAUAAAUGAAUUCAUAGACACGCUGAUCGAGUGCUUCUGUGUCUUCCGACCAACUAUCGAAACAUCGAGCUUCGUGCCUUAUGAAUACUGAUUAAAAGUAAAAUAACUAUAUGUAAACAAAUGUAAAUAUUGUUUUUAAAUAUUGUUAACUGGAAAAAAUUUUUAUACAGAAUUUUGAAUUAAUUUUCGAAAAACCGUUUAUUGCAUGUAAC